AUGGCAUCAAACCCAUCAACCAAACCUCCAGUCAAAAAACGCCCUAGGUUGAGCGAUGAGUCUAGCAGCGAGUCCUCUAGCUCGUCUGCAAAGGCUAACACCUCUCUUCUUUGGAGUCCAAGAGCUGUUGCUGCUGCCCAAAAUGCUUCAGAGGGUAGGUUACUACUCAAUAUGUUCAAUGGUGCUCAGAUCCUCUCCUGUAUCUUAAUUCAAAUGCUUUCGAUAGCCUACCCUUCACUUGACACUGCAGGGAAUCCAAUGCUUAGUCUUUGCACAACUCGACUCGAUAAACGAAUUAUUUCUUAUUCACCUUUACUCCGCGAUCUUUACUGGUGUGUUGGUGAGAAAAUGCAUCUUCACACCAUGAAUAGACGUCGAGCUGCACUUGGUCAACGCUCAGGUACAGCGGCUUUGCCUGGACAAGAGUGUGAGCACUGCAUGCAAGAUCUAGGUCCUUUCAACUCCUGUGUUGUUCUCCGCCUACAAGAUUUUAAAAAAGCUUUGUUUUCUGGCGCAUGUAUGAAUUGCUCGCUUAUGAAUCGAGCAUCAAGGUGCAGCUUUCGGGCCCCUCUUGCUCCAAAAUGGAUCCUCGAGUGGACUCGUGCGAACAAUCCCGAUCGCCCUAUGUCCGGUAGUGUUGCUCAAGUUGCGGGACAUAACUCUGUGUCUGCUCAUAUUGGCGUUCCUUUUUCGGUCCAUGACGGAUCAGCUGCCUCUAAUUCGAGUCGACCCAAACAGCAUGGUCCUGUGUACUCUGCUAAAUGGUACAAAACCCCUUUGGAUGACAGAUUGCUAGCAAAAGACAUCAAUGGCAUGAUUGCUGUUCGCAAGGAUCUACGUGGGAUUCGUGCUCGUGUGGCGUAUGAUAUCAAGAAGUUGUCUAAGUUUGUUGGAGACGAUGGGUUGGAGGAGGAGACUCUUGAAUAUAACGAGCGCAACCCAUUUUACGAUUAUGGUUCUGAGUGUGUUGGUGAUGAUACUGGUUCAGCACCUGCCAGAUCUGAGAAGGAUGAAUUGGAGGUUGAAUUGGGGGAUGUUGGUUCUUCUGAUGCUGAUUCUGUCGAUGUUGGUUCUCUCAGUGUUGGUUCUGUUGAUCUAGAUUCGGAUGAUGUUGAUGGUGAUGUUGAUGGUGAUGUGGAUGGUGAUGUGGAUGGUGAUGUGGAUGGUGAUUCUGAUGUUGACAAGUAA